CUUCUCAAACCUCACAUGAGGAUUCACUGGUUUAACUUUUUAAUAGGUAAACAGAGACUAUGUCAGAGCUGUAAUGUUCCCGAGACAGUUAGCAUAUCACAUCCGGAGGGUGGCGGUAUUGCGCUGACAUAGUUAGCAUCCGCUGUUAAACGACAAAGAAGAAGAAGUGUGUCGUUUACGCCUAAGCUACAUGUAAAAUGGCUGCUGGAGAAAAUACUGGUAGGCCUCCUUGCCUAAACUUUGCCGGCCCGGGUCCACUGGGAAACAGCCAGCCCAGCAACAGCGUCUUCUCAAUGCCGACAUCCAAUGGCGGUGCGGUUGGUUCGGCUGGAGGGUCGCAAGGAGCUACUCGGCGCCCCAACCCGCAACUGGGGCCUGGCGGCGUAGACGGCAACGGCGUUUCGACCAACGGAGCUCCACCGACUGCGCAGGGCUCUAUGCAGCCGCCCGCAGCGGCAGGCGCUGCAGGGACAGGAGGCAUGGCCACACCGGCGUCCAACAUGGCAACUAUUGCGGCGUCGAACGCGACCCCGGCGGCAGCACCAACCGCAACACCGGCGGCUGCGUCCGUGUUGGUGUACCGAGAGCCGGUGUACAACUGGCAGGCAACGAAGAGCACAGUGAAGGAGAGAUUUGCGUUUCUGUUCAACAACGAAGUGCUCAGCGACGUGCACUUCUUGGUGGGCAAAGGAAUGGGGGUUCAGAGGAUACCCGCACACAGGUUCGUUCUGGCGGUGGGAAGUGCUGUGUUUGAUGCCAUGUUCAACGGGGGAAUGGCGACGACGUCAACUGAAAUAGAGCUUCCUGACGUGGAACCAGCUGCUUUUUUGGCUUUGCUAAAGUUUCUGUACUCUGAUGAAGUUCAGAUCGGGCCAGAGACCGUCAUGACUACGUUGUAUACUGCCAAAAAGUACGCCGUCCCUGCCCUGGAGGCCCACUGUGUGGAGUUCCUCAAGAAGAACCUGAGAGCAGACAAUGCGUUCAUGCUCCUCACACAGGCACGUUUGUUUGAUGAGCCUCAACUUGCCAGCCUCUGCCUUGAAAAUAUUGACAAGAACACAGGAGACGCUCUCGCCGCCGAAGGCUUCACAGACAUCGACCUCGAUACGCUGGUGGCCGUGUUGGAGAGGGACACCCUAGGCGUGCGGGAGGUGCGUUUGUUUGGCGCUGCUGUGCGUUGGGCUGAGGCGGAGGCUCACAGGCAGCAGCUGCAGCCUACUCCAGAGAACAAGCGCAAAGUGCUGGGCAAGGCCCUAACACUCAUCCGCUUCCCUCUCAUGACCAUUGAAGAGUUUGCUGCAGUUCCAGCCCAGUCCAGUAUUUUGACUGAUCGAGAGGUGGUGAGCCUCUUCCUCCACUUCACAGUGAACCCUAAACCACGAGUAGACUUCAUUGAUCGGCCUCGUUGCUGCCUUCGUGGGAAGGAGUGCAGCAUCACGCGCUUUGGACAAGUGGAGAGUCGCUGGGGCUACAGUGGGACAAGCGACCGUAUUCGGUUCUCAGUAAACAGGAGGAUAUUUGUGGUUGGGUUCGGGUUGUAUGGCUCUAUACACGGACCAACAGACUACCAAGUCAACAUACAGAUUAUCCACACAGACAGUAACACCGUACUGGGUCAGAACGAAACAGGCUUCAGCUGUGACGGAUCCGCCAACACCUUCAGAGUCAUGUUUAAAGAACCAGUGGAGAUACUACCCAAUGUUAACUACACUGCCUGUGCGACGCUCAAGGGCCCAGACUCUCAUUACGGCACCAAGGGAAUGCGCAAGGUAACGCACGAGUCGUCAACUACGGGCACCAAGACCUGUUUCACGUUCUGCUACGCGGCGGGCAACAACAAUGGCACUUCAGUAGAGGACGGACAGAUUCCUGAGGUCAUCUUCUACACAUAGUCACAUCUUCUUAGACUUUUGCAGCAAUGUUCCAUCAAAUGUGACUGCCUAGAAACCAGGUCCUGGAGCUGGGUGGGGGAGGGUUUACAUCUCGGGGGCUCAUUGGUCAUAAUACUGUCCCCUCCAUACGGUGCACUACUGCUAGCCACAUUGGAAGACAAAUAGCCAUGAGGCGAUGUAGGUAACAUUAUUUGUGAUUUUAAAAAAAAAUGGAACUAUACAAAGUGGGGAAUCUGCUUAAAUUAUUCAGAGCAUUAAUAUCUGUUUCCAACAAAAUGCUUGACACUGAAUGUUGCCCAAGAUAAUCAGACCAGCAUUUCACAACUACAACUCCAAUCAGUAGUAACCUGUUACUUCCAUUCACCUGCAAAUGUAAAAGGCUGGAUGGAUUCUUGGCAUAUUUGAACCUUCCGAUUAACCCUUAGGAUCCUGUAUGUUACUACAUUACAAACUGUUUUAUCUUGUGUCUUUACUUGCUGUCCGCAGUGGAGUUAAAAAAAAAAGGGGGAGAAGGAUGUGCUUAAAUUAUUCACAGCAUUAAUAACUGCUGUGUGUUGCCAACAAAAACUUGACACUGAAUGUUCCCAAGAUGAUCAGACAUCAGCAUUUCACAACUACACAUCGGCAGUUACCCGUGGCUUUCAUCCACCUGCAGAUUUAAAAGGCUUUGUGGAUUACCGUAUUAACCACGAGAGUACUAUACAUUACUACAGUACAAAUGGUCCUAUCUUGUGUCUUUACUUGGUAGUUUCCUACAGUAUAUUCAUAAGACCUUGCACUUUCUGGGCCUUGUAUAUUUUGGUUUUGUGACAAAUGCACAUUAAACUCAUAUGAUAUGUUUUCUUUCAGCUUUCUUGUAAAUAUACGGACCCUCUCAGUGAUGACAUUUUAUUGUUGUACAAAUCCAGAUUCCAGAAUUCUUUGUGUAAUGUCAGUGAAAGGGAUAAUGUCAUCAUUUGCAAUUCAUUUUCAUCCCGUAUUCAGCAGGCGACAGUAUAAAAAUAAAAUACUAUCUUCUUGAUACGCGACAAAUCCAUUCAGAAAUUGAUCCCAUCACACAAGUCACCAACAAGCACUUUGUCUGAUGUGCAAACAAAAGAGAUACUGUAUGAUUUCAAGGUUAACUUCUGUAAAGUUGAGAUUGACUCAUACAUUUCUGGAUCAACACUGAAUUUCUAAGUGCUGUAAUUUGUUUAAUGCAAGUUGAAAAGUUUGCAAAUGAUUGCAUUGUUUUUUUGUUUGUUUUUGCAAUCAAGCUUUGUAUAUUAAGUGGCAUUUACUAUCAUUACAUAUAUAAC